UCGGACAAAUUAAAUAAUCUUAUAAAAACGAAAAUGAGUAUUUGUUAAAAAAGAAAAGAAAAAGGAAAGGAAUAUACUAGUACUAGUAAAUCGCAUAGCAGUGAGAGGAACUGAAACCCUAAAUCACUCCGCCGCUCAAACUAACUGCCUCUCAAUAAGCAGGUUCAGUCCAGAUCGACCCUAAUAUGGCUCUGAUCCUUCAUUCCGGUGAAAUCAACAAAAAUGCUUACAAGGCACGCAUUGCAGCUGAAUAUGCUUCUGUCCAACUUCAAUUGACUCCCAAUUUUGAGAUGGGUGUCUCUAACAAGACACCUCAAUUUCUCGACAUGAAUCCUCUUGGCAAGGUUCCUGUCUUGGAAACCCCUGAUGGUCCUGUCUUUGAGAGCAAUGCUAUUGCUCGUUAUGUUGCCAGACAAAACAACAACAACACUUUGUAUGGUUCUUCUUUGAUUCAAUAUGCUCAAAUUGAACAAUGGAUUGAUUUUUCAUCCUUGGAGGUUGAUUCUAAUAUUAACAAGUGGCUCUAUCCAAGAUUGGGAUAUGGGGUUUACCUUCCUCCAGCUGAAGAGAUUGCAAUUACUGGCCUGAAGAGAGCUUUGAAUGCUUUGAACACUCACCUUGCCUCCAAUACUUACCUAGUUGGCCACUCUGUUACCCUGGCUGACAUCAUAACGACAUGCAAUUUGUAUGUUGGUUUCACCCGUCUCUUUGUCAAGAGCUUCUCCUCAGAGUUUCCUCAUGUUGAGAGAUACUUUUGGACCUUGGUCAAUCAGCCAAACUUCCGCAAGAUAUUAGGCCAAGUCAAGCAGGCUGAAGCUGUACAACCUCUUCAAUCUGCAAAGAAGCCUUCCCAGCCUAAAGAUUCUAAGGCCAAGGUAAACGACGAACCCAAGAAGGAGGCCAAGAAGGUGCCAGAAAAGCCGAAAGAAGAAGCAGAAGAAGAGGCACCCAAGCCCAAACCCAAGAAUCCACUUGAUCUUCUUCCUCCAAGCAAGAUGAUACUGGAUGACUGGAAAAGACUCUACUCGAACACUAAAAACAACUUCAGAGAGGUUGCUAUCAAAGGAUUUUGGGACAUGUAUGAUCCUGAAGGGUACUCUCUUUGGUUCUGUGAUUACAAAUACAAUGAUGAGAACACUGUUUCCUUUGUGACAUUGAACAAGGUUGGUGGAUUUCUUCAGCGGAUGGAUUUAGCCCGCAAAUAUGCUUUUGGAAAGAUGCUUGUUAUCGGUUCUGAGCCACCUUUUAAGGUAAAAGGGUUGUGGCUUUUCCGUGGGCAAGAAAUCCCUAAAUUUGUGAUGGAUGAAUGCUAUGACAUGGAGCUGUAUGAAUGGACAAAGGUCGACAUCUCAGAUGAAGCUCAAAAGGAGCGUGUCGGUCAGAUGAUUGAAGAUUUUGAACCUUUUGAGGGGGAACCUCUGUUGGAUGCCAAGUGCUUCAAGUGAAUUUUUAUUUGUCGACAAAAGUGAAAUUUGCAAGGAUAUGUUUGUGUUCAUUUUUGAUAGCUUCUUUCCUAUCUCAGUUUCAUGGAAGAACUAGCUGAAAUUUGAUUUGAGACAUAUUUAAACCUUUAAGUGCUUGACAAAGACUAGAAGUACUUUUUAGUAUGUAUGAAAAUGAAAAUUCAUGGAUUCAUGUUUUUCUCC